CGCUCGCCAAGCUACAGCAGCCUGACCCCGGUCCGGACCCAGACGCCUCUUCCGACACCUCUUGUACUUUUCCCUUCGACCCCUUCGACUAGACCCCUUGGCCGACGAGCCGACGCGGCCCGUCACUGUCACCCGAAAGGAAGCGUGCCUCCGAGUCUUGAGCGUCCAGACGCCACUCGUGCGGAUACCGGCAAACGGAAUGCGCCCGCGAACUGCGAGCCUCAUCAGCGUCCUGGUGCUGCUGCUGCCUGUCGUGCUGGGCAGGUCACUGGUCGGCCAAGGGGCCCGGCAGCGUAACGCCGUCGGGCUGUUCGUGUCCAAGUCACAGAGAGGUUCCCGAGUAGGUCCUGGCAGCAACCUGCUUCGCAAGUCGCACCUGAAGCUUCGCAACACCCCUCCUGACGUGAUGACGGUCGCCGAGUCCGAGUCUCUGGUGAUAGAAUGCGAAGCUGGCGGAAAUCCCCCGCCCACCAUCCACUGGCUCAAAAACGGUCUCCGUAUCGGACAGGACUUGUCGGGAAGCGAACGCACUGAAGAGGAGGUGAACCCAGAGGGCGCGCCCAUGCUUGGCCUCAGCUUCACCAGAUCGCGGCUGUUCAUUGAUUGCGCCUCGACGCAGUACGACGAGGCCGAGUACACCUGCGUUGCCCAGAACCCCUACCACCGUAUCAGCAAGAGCACUAAGGUCAAGGUCACCAAGAUCGGCUCGGCCCACUCCAGCCCUUUGUGCCUCGUGAAGAAGUCCUUCGUGCCCCCCGGUGUCCCUGCCCGCAUCACCAUGUGGACGCACACUCGCCUGGAGCUGAUGGGCAGCACUGUGCAGCUCUUCUGCCGACCGAUUGGCUCGCCCAAACCCAGCGUUUCCUGGUUCGGCCCCGACGACACUGAACUGCAAAACAGCGACAAAUACAAGGUUCUUGAAAACGGUGAUCUCGAGAUCCGGAAUAUUGCCUGGAAUGACAUGGGAGGCUACACGUGCACUGCGGAGAACUCGCACGGCGUGGACCGGACGUCGACUUUUCUCUAUCCUACACUGCCGGACAAGGUGUAGGAGCGUGGUCACCGCGCAGUUGUCGCUGCUUCCCGCAUUGUGAUGCGAGCUCGUCCUCCAACCUGGCUGGAUUGUUGUACAUACAUAGCGCCGUCGAACAUUCCAGUGGUGUCCGGGCCCACCCCGCCAAGGCUUGCUGCCAGGCGCCCCUGACCCACACCCCUCUAUUUAUUGUCGACCCCACCCACGACACCUCGUUUCAUCAGCCGGCCCGCUUUGCUUCGCGCCUGCUUCGCACUGUAGACCCUUUCCGAAAUCGUGCACCGAUGGCAUUGCCACGCAGUGCCGUCAACGCAACGAGACCAUCUGUCGCGUUAUUUUGACUUAGGUUGUGACCCAAGUGGCCUCUCGGUCCCACAUUGUUCAAACCGGCAAAAAGAAAUUGGCCUCCACCCCUCACCCAAAAGAAGAAACCUCAGAAAUCCAUGCGCUCGGAUCGGUCUUUCAUGCUGUAGCGUAGCCAGGGAGCGCUCGGAUUAUGGGGGAACCUGUCAGGACUAAGCGGCCGAAGCUAAGCUUUUAUCAAUCGUGUUUCAUUUAACAUGCGUUCAUUUUUCCGUCGAUUACUUAGUGGCGCGUGUCAUGAAGAGAAUGGAAUGAGCGCUUGUCAUGUUUCAUUUUUAUUCGUUCGUUCGUUCUUUCGUUUGUUUGUUUGUUGGCUAGGUUUAUUAAGGUCCCGGACGCGUGCUUACGUUUACUUGUUGACGCAGAGCAUCAUGCGGCCAUCUCGGGCAUGCAUGUCGAUGACGACAAAUACAUGCAUUCUAAUAGUGUAUUUGUUUCGUUAAGUUUUGAAAAUAUAAACAAAUAAAAAGAAAGGGGGAGGUGGGUAGGCCCAGAACGGUGCAGCGUUGCGUGCGUGACUGCUAGGCCCGUGUUCGAAACCUAUGUUUCUUGAAUUUUUUUUUUGCCAUUAAAAAAUAACCCUACAUUACAGGUUCCCCUCAGUUUUGCAACUUUAAUAAUAUCUGGCGUUUAACGUCCCAAAACCACGAUAUGAUUAUGAGGGACGCCGUAGUGGAGGGCUCCGGAAAUUUCGACCACCUGGGGCUCUUUAACGUGCUUUAACGUUCUUUAAAUUUAAGUACACGGGCUUCAAACGUUUUCGCCUCCAUCUCAGUUUGCAAAUUUAACGGUGGCACAAUAAUCGGAGCGUCGCAGCUGCACCGCGAAGCAGCAACCCUUUCGUUACGUGUGCCCCAUUGAUAUCAGCCAACCAAUGAGGGGAAAUUGCUGCUUCGACAUUAUAAGCUCAAUUGGCCACUUCGCCGAACUUCCUUGGCGCGCCCAUUCGGUUGCUCUCUGUCUACAAUUAAACUUAAACACGCGUCCUGCUACGGCACUGUGCAACACCGGGCGUGGCGAUGGCAGCUGAUAUGAUGAACGGCAAGCACGUGUAAAAAAAAAAGAAAGAAAAAAGAAAAUCGAGACCGGUGGGUGGGUAGGCGCAGGCACAGUACUGUGUGCCGUCGUUAGUCUCGCCGUAGCGCUACCAUCACCGCCUGGCGUCAAGUGACUGUUUUGGAGUUGUGUUAAGGGCAGCUGUGGAGCGUCUUGUUAUUUUUCACCUUCGAGGCAGUGAACUGUAAGUAGAGUUUGCAAGAGCUGCGUUUAGGGUGUUUCGUCCGAUACGCUAAGUCAUCUCAUGAACCACACCACCUGCGUUACAGUAUUAUGCGAGCGGUUUUUUUUUCUCGUCUUGUUGUGUUUUUUUUACUCGCGCGCGCCAGCCUCGGUCGCGUUCCGUGGGACUUUACUCCCACACGUCUCCCCCAUUUCCAAAGCGGCUACGCCUCUGGCCUGGUGUGUGAUACGUCGUGUGUGAAGACAUGCGGUAUGUGCGGAAUUGCGGGUUGAACGGAUGCUUCAGAGGUUGCUAUUGGAGAGCUUGUCGAUAUUAUUUUUGUUUCGCGACAACUCUUACACAGGGUCAUUGCAGUUGUUACCUCUUCGCGAUACGUGUAGCGCGCUCUCACCGUCGCUCUUGUGUGACCGAUGUCUUUCAAGUUGCGGUUUUAUCGGCUCUAUUCAUUUAUACGUCAGCCCGGCGGCUGACUGGGAAAUUUCGGAAAGAGUCUAGUUUGGGUUUGAUUCGAAGAAACUGGUGUACAUACGUAUAGAUGUAUAUCAAGAGAGCAUCAAUGUUGUUUCGUCCAGUUGCGUUUAUUAAAAGUUUGUAUCUCGUACGUAUGCA